CUUCUAUUACAGCAGCUUUAUCGGUAGAGCUAAACCCUUGACAACACUAAACCCCGGAGCAAAGCAGAAAAAAAAGCUUACAAAUUUUAAUCAAUGGGGACGAAGAACAAAGCAUCAGAAAAAUUGAGCAAAAAAUCCUCUGGGGUUGAAAAAAAUACAGAUGAAGUGAUGCCUAAAUCAUCUACGAAGCAAAAUGCGAUGUCACAUGUGGAGCAGUUGAAAAGACUCCAAGAAAAGGAUCCUGAGUUUUAUCAAUUCUUGCAAGAGCAUGACAAGGAGCUCCUUGAAUUUGACGAUGAGGAUAUUGAUGAUGAUGCCGAGACUGAAAUUGAUGGAGACGAAAUAGAAGAAGCUGACGAAGGUGAUGAAUUUGACACUGAACAACGUGUUCAUGCAGAUGGAAAGGAGGUCAAGUCAUCCACAAAUGUCAUCACUAGUGCAAUGGUGGAUUCCUGGUGUGGUUCAAUUCAUGAAAAUAGGAGUUCGGGGGCUAUUAGGUCUCUCAUGAGAGCUUUUCGAACAGCUUGUCAUUACGGUGAUGAUGCUGGUGAAGACGCUAAGUCAAAGUGGAGUACCAUGUCUAGCAGUGUGUUCAACAAAAUAAUGUUGUUUGUUCUAAAAGAAAUGGACGGAAUUCUUCGUGGCCUGUUGAAAUUGCCAACUUCUGGUGGGCAGAAGCAGAUGAUAAAGGAUAUAUCCAAUACUAAACGGUGGAAGAGCAACAACCACUUGGUGAAAUCAUAUCUCGGAAAUGCUCUACAUGUUCUAAACCAGAUGACUGAUGCAGAAAUGAUAUCAUUUACAUUACGAAGACUCAGAUUCUCAUCUGUAUUUUUGGCUGCUUUUCCAGUCCUUUUAAGGAAAUAUAUGAAGGUUCUUCUUCAUUUCUGGGGUACAGGCGGAGGUGCACUACCAGUUGUCUCUUUUCUGUUUCUAAGAGACCUGUGUAUGCAGCUUGGUUCUGAUUGCAUUGACGAGUGCAUUAGAGGAAUGUAUAAAGCUUAUUUGUUGAACUGCCAAUUCAUGAGUGCAACUAAGCUGCAGCAUAUUCAGUUUCUUGGUAAUUGUUUUGUUGAACUACUUAGGGUGGAUCUUCCCAAUGCAUACCAGCAUGCCUUUGUUUUCAUUCGGCAAUUAGCAAUGAUUUUACGGGAAGCACAUAGUGGUGGUACUAAGACCAAGAAAUCGUCUCAAAAGACUAACCAAUCGUCCAAGGAAGCACACAAUACUAAGGCCAAGGAGUCAUUUCUGAAGGUUUACCAGUGGAAGUAUAUACAUUGUCUUGAGCUGUGGACUGCAGCUAUCUGUGCUUACAGCUCAGAACCAGAUUUUAGGCCCCUGGCUUAUCCACUGACACAAAUAAUUUCUGGCGCAGCACGUUUGGUUCCAACUGCUCGCUAUUUUCCUUUUAGAUUGCGAUGCAUCAAAAUGCUCAACAGAAUCGCUGCCUCCACCAAUUCUUUUGUUCCUGUUUCCACGCUCCUUUUAGACAUGCUGGAGAUAAAAGAAUUGCAUAGGCCUCCAACAGGGGGAGUUGGAAAAGCCAUAGAUUUCCGUACUGUUUUAAGGGUUAGCAAACUUACGUUGAAAACGAGAGCAUUUCAGGAAGCGUGUGUUUUAUCUGUGGUUGAGGAGCUUGCUGAGCAUCUUGCUCAAUGGAGCUACUCAGUUGCUUUCUUUGAGCUGUCGUUUGUCCCUGUUGUUAGGUUGCGCAACUUCUGCAAGUCCACCAAUGUCGAAAGAUUCCGUCGUGAAAUUAGGCAAAUCAUUCGCGAGAUUGAAGCCAAUUCAGAGUACACAAACAAGAAGCGUACGACAAUUUCAUUUCUACCUAAUGACCCAGCGGCAGAAUCUUGUCUUGAGGAUGAUAAGAAUGCAGGAGUGAGUCCUCUAUCAAAAUAUGUCGCCAUGCUCCGACAGAGAGCACAACAGAGAAAUGAUUCAUUAAAGGAAUCCAGUGUACUUGUUGGUCAAAACUCAGCCAUCUUUGGGACUAAGAUAACUGAAAGUGACGAAGAUGAUGACGAUGAUGAUGGUAAAGAUAGCAAAGGAGAUGCUGUCUUCAGUUCUUCUUGGCUACCUGCAGGCAAUACCAAGGCCGAGCAGUCUACAGAGGAGAAGCAGAAGAAAAAGAAGAGAAGGAAGGAGCUGCAAGAUGAGACUGCUUUUGAUGAAGACAUUGUAGAGGAUUUUAUCCUCAGUUCUGAUGAGGAGGAGGAUUCCAUGAGUGACGCCCCCUCGGACGAAGAAGUAAGCAUAAAACAGAAGUCAUUUGUAGAGCCUUCAAAGAAGAAAGGGAAAUCUCAUGGGAAGAAGAACAGGAAAAGGAAGCGAUCCAAAGGAGUAGCAUCUGCUGUCUAAUGAUUCUUGUAGUGCUAAACUGAUCUUGAAGAAUGAACAAGAACAGUUUUGCAAUGAGCCAAUUUGUCCAGUGUAAGUUUGCUGCAUGUCUGCUAUAAGCAUAAAUUAUUUAUCCUGUAAAAGUCAGCAUAUCAAUUUUGUUUUUUUAUCCUUUUUUUCCGUGCCCAAUAGGAAAGACUGCGUAUAGACAAUUCGUAUAACUAAUCUCAACUAGUUGGGGAUUGAGAUGUAAUUGAGUGAUUGAUCCAUUUCUUUGGUGGCGCUUAUACAGGUCUGUUUGCCUGUUCUUUUUUAUACCCUUUUGUCUCCCUUUUUUCCUUCUUCAUUGUAUUUCAUCCCAUUGCUGUAGAAUAAAGUAACGUCUGUUGACUUUCAAUUUUGUUUUCCUGCUCCUUCCCGAAAAGAAUGUUGCUUUCUGUUCAAGUAGCUGCUAUUUUUUUCUCCUUAACAAUUUUUGUUAAAUUUUUAUAAAACUGUAACUUGUAAUACUUUUUAUGUAGUUAAACUGCUUCUGAAAAUAAAUUCGAAAUAGAUGUUCGUAUCAACAUUGAAAAUUGGAUACGCUGAUUCUCAUAUUUUGAACUUUAUGAUUCUCAUAUUUUGAACUUUAUGAUCCUACCUAAAAUGGAGGAAAUAUAUCAAUUAUGCAGUAGGAUAGAAGUUUUACCAAAUUGGUGGGCUUGCUCUGUUUUGCUUUCAAGAUAUACUCUUUUAACUGUUUUAGAAAGAUUGGUUCUCAUUUUUUAGCGCUAACUGAGUUAGUUGAUUGACACACUAUUAUUUUCAAAGGAAAGUAUGUCUGAACUUAUACUAGUAAUAUUUUUCUGUUUAGUUUCUAAACUGUACUGUUAUUGUUUAGCUCUAGCAAAAUGGUACCUCUAAAACGUGAGUCAUUCACUCGAUUCUUUGAUGUCUUUGCUACUAAUGGAUCAAUGCAUGUCUAUCAUCAUGCAAGAGGCGUUGCUCGUGGAUAUGUCAAAAGAUGUUUUGGCUCUGAACCUUCCCAUGUGGUCGUCGGCCUUCUUACCAGUUUGUAUCCGUCUUUUGAUGAUUGUAUCAAUGCCCGACCUCCAACUUCGCUUUGCUGGUGUUCUUCACCUGUACUCGCCAGAUGAAUCCGUUAUCCCCGUUUAAGGUAAAGAGUAUGCUUAUGUAUUUGACUCUCUUUGUUUUCAACUUGACCUCCGAAGUUUGCCUUUUCUA